AUGCCAUCACUAGCCGGUAAAGUGGCUCUCAUCAGUGGCUCAUCGGCAGGACUCGGGGCAGCCAUUGCUCGUGAGCUGUCGAGCCGCGGGGCUUCUGUGGUCAUCAACUAUCCCAACCAAAGCGAAAAGGCAAACGCGGACAAGGUUCUCAAGAGCCUCAACGGGCCCGGAAAAGCCGUAGCUGUAGAGGCAGACCUCUCAACACCGGAAGGGCCGCAGGUGCUGGCCAAUGCGGCCGCCGAAGCUUUCGGCAAAAUUGACAUCCUUGUCAAUAGCGCUGGCAUCAAUCGCCCAACGUUCCUCGACGAUCCCGACGAUGAAAAGGUCAGCAAGACGUGGCACGAUAUUGUCAACCUCAAUGCCAGAGGAGUCUUCUUCCUCACUCGCGCCGUUCUCAAGUAUUUGUCGCGAGAGAACUCCCGUAUCAUCAAUAUCGGUAGCUCCGUUUCCCGUACUCCAGGGCCGGAAUCUAGCAUCUAUGCAGGGGCCAAAGGACUUGUCGAGGUCUAUACCCAGUGUUGGGCCACGGAACUGCCCCGGAAAUACGGAUGCACCGUCAACGCCGUUGCGCCUGGACCUGUUGGAACAGAUGCCUUCUACGCUGCACCUAGCGCCGUGAGAGAGGCACUGCAACCCAUUGUAGAUUCGACUCCUGUCGCCCCACGUGUCGGUACUCCUGAGGAGGUAGCAUGGUCGGUUGCGACUCUGGCUGAAGAAAAGGCGGGCUGGAUCAACGGGGCCUAUAUACCUAUCAACGGAGGAUCCAGUAUAUUUUAG